AUGGCCUCCAUGGGGAUGCAGGUGCUGGGCAUUGCCCUCUCUGUCAUCGGCUGGUUGGCCUCCAUCCUCUGCUGCGCGUUGCCCAUGUGGCGGGAGACGGCCUUCGUCGGCAACAACAUCGUGGUGGCCCAGAUCAUCUGGGAAGGGCUGUGGAUGAACUGCGUGGUGCAGAGCACGGGGCAGAUACAGUGCAAGGUCUACGACUCCAUGCUGGCCCUGCCGCAGGACCUGCAAGCCGCCCGCGCCCUCCUGGUGGUGGCCAUCGUCUUGGCCGUCCUGGGCACCCUGCUUGCCGUCGCCGGUGGCAAGUGCACCAACUGCGUGGAGGACGAGACCGCCAAAGCCAAGGUCAUGAUCCUCUCUGGCGUCAUCUUCAUCGUCGCCGGCGUCCUUGUCCUCAUCCCUGUCUCUUGGUCAGCUAACACCAUCAUCCGGGACUUCUACAACCCGCUGGUCACCGACUCGCAGAAGCGGGACCUGGGGUCGUCCCUCUACGUGGGUUGGGCGGCCUCCGCGCUCCUGCUGCUGGGGGGGGGGAUCCUCUGCUGCACCUGCCCCCCCCGGGGCGAGAAGCCCUACUCCGCCAAGUUCACGGCUGCUCGCUCGCUGCCAGCCAGCAACUACGUCUAG